ACAGGAGGCAACAUCAUAUCGGGGCUUGAGAGCGUUCAUACGUUUAUCAGAUUGUUGUCGUAGCAGCAGCAUAAGGCGACAGAGAGCUGGGAGAAGUCAUCGAUGGAGAUUGAAAUGGUGGCGGAUGUGGCCGUGAAUAAGUUCCAGAAGGUGAUUAAUCUUCUGGGUCGAACCCGGACGGGGCACGCCCGGUUCCAGAGAGCCCCCGUCGUUUCGUCUUUGCCGGUUCCGACGAAGGAUAUCCAGGUUGACACCAAGGUUUAUAACCCGACGCCGAUUCAACAAGUUCUGCCCUCGACUGUUUUCGAUCACUCCCCAAGGCUGAGAAAGGAAAGCGCCGUCGGAGGCAGGAAGACAAUUAGUUUCUCGUACUCGCCGGAGGUUUUGUGGGCCAACUCUUUCAACAUAUCGUUGUUGACCGGGGAGACGGAGAGCAAACAUGCGUCUUCUUCCUCUACUUUCCAGAUUACCAUUCUGUCCCUGGCCUCCUCCAGCGGAAAGCCGCCUCAAGCCGCCUCUUUCUUCGUCUUCAUUGAAGAGAAAGUACAGCUCUUCCGAGAACAACCUUUCUGGCAAGUGUAGCGGUAGCGCCUCCGACUAAUGCCACUGUUCCAAGAGAAAGUAAACACCCUAAACCCUAACUCAUUCAUCUUCCCCAUCAUAAAAACUAAAAACAUAUAACUCUUCUAACCACACAUCUUCUCCAAUUGAUCAGGAAGCAAAGACAGAAAAUGAUAAC